GAGUAGAAAAGAGUGGCAGAGGGAGGGGAGCAAAAGCAGCGCAGCAGCGGGCAAGAAGCCACCAGCCCCGAAACCCAGAAAUAAAGCCAAGUUAGCUUGUAUACGCAUGAAAUGUAUACUUUGUUUAACCAAAUGAUUGUUUGCGCAGAAAAAGGUAACGUGUCGGGGAUCUAAUCGACGAGGUUCGGUCGUUUACGGACUCUACUUUGAGACCAAACUCAGAGGGAAAGAAAACAACAACACUGGGGAAAAAGACUGGGAUUACAUACAACAGUGACAAUAAAACAACACUCUUCGACAAGUGGUCUGCCUGGUGCCGAGGGUGAGGUCUGGAUAAAAAAAAGAAGAAACAAACAGGAAAUACCGGUGAUUAAACAUUCUUCAGGAAAAAUUUUGUGUGUUAAUUUCAAAGUGGCGUUAUUGUGUGAACUUUAAACUCAGGAAACAAUGAAGACAUAGUGAGCAAGAACUCAUCAAGUGUCUCGAGGCUGCUAGCCAUCCCGCUAGUGUUAGCUUGACUGUGUUGUAGCGAGCGAAUGCGUGGUAAAAGCUAACGCCCGCUGCAGCCGACUAAGCUAAGUUAGCUGUCGGCUAACAUUAGCUUGCACGCUAAAAGCAAAUUAGAGAAACUUUUUGUGCUGUUUCCCGAAGCCCAAACACUGAAGGAUUAUUCUAAGAACAGAGGGGAAGGGCAGGUUCCCUUCUGGACUUUUCCCCCUCUACUUAUUUUUCUAACAUGAUGGCUGCGGAGGUCAGCAGUGACGAUACGAGCUCGGUCACGACAGGGACAGGGGUGGCAGGCGGAGGAGGCCCGGAGACAGCCCCUCUCCCCUACUAUCCCAAUCAAAGCAGAAUGCGAGUCAUUGAUUUGGGACAAGGGUCAGCAUCAACCCGUCGUCAACAUUCAAACACUUCUCCGGACUCACUUCCCGACAUGAGUAUAAUCUAUCCAGUGGCUAGUGGGGAGAUGACGGGACCAGUUCUGUCCGCAGCAGGGAGUGGCGGAACAGGAGGUGGACAUUCAGUUUUUCAAGGAACAAACUCAGGGACCGUGGGCGGCACGUGCUACUCGCCCUCUUCAGAGGGUCCAGCUAAUCGGAUUUCACCCACAUCCACCGGCCCGGAUGGCACCAAUGUCUUCCCCCCACUGCCACCAGCACCUCCUCCCCCUCAAGGCUGUGGGGCGCUCGGCGGCACCAUGGAUGAAAGCGACAUACAGGAUGGUGAUGAUGAGGAGGUGGUGUUUCCACUGUCUGCACCUCCCACAAACCAGUGUUACCAUGGAAAACUAGACCGAACCAUUGCAGAGGAGCGUCUGCGCCAGGCCCGGACCCCUGGCAGCUACCUCAUCAGGGAGAGCGACCGCCGGCCCGGUUCCUUUGUCCUGUCUUUCCUCAGUAUGACCAAUGUGGUCAACCAUUUCAGGAUAAUUGCCAUGUGUGGGGACUAUUACAUUGGUGGUCGGCGGUUCUCUUCUUUGUCAGACCUGAUUGGUUACUACAGCUAUGUGUCUUGUCUACUAAUAGGAGAAAAACUGCGAUCACCAGUAGCACCUCCAGAGCCUGUAGAAGACAGAAGGAGAGUCAGGGCCAUACUUCCAUACACCAAAGUGCCAGAUACUGAUGAGAUAAGCUUUCUGAAAGGAGACAUGUUUAUCGUUCACAAUGACCUGGACGAUGGGUGGAUGUGGGUUACAAAUGUUCGCACGGAGGAGCAGGGGCUCAUUGUGGAGGAUCUGGUGGAGGAGGUGGGUCGGGAGGAGGAUCCACAUGAGGGAAAAGUCUGGUAUCAUGGAAAGAUCACCAAACAAGAGGCUUACAACCUUCUGAUGACAGUUGGCCAAGUGUGCAGUUUCCUAGUCCGGCCAUCAGACAAUACACCUGGGGACUAUUCCCUUUUUUUCCGUACCAAUGAAAACAUCCAAAGGUUUAAGAUCUCCCCCACACCUAACAAUCAGUACAUGAUGGGGGGGAGGUACUACAACAGUGUUGAUGAAAUAAUCGACCAUUACAAGAGAGAACAGACGUUGAGGGUUACAACCUGAAUAGACGCAGUUUCAGUGCAGCAACAAGAACAAGUACUUACGGACACAGUGGAUGGGAGGGAGAUUUAUAACACUAUAAGACGGAAAACGAAAGAUGCUUUCUACAAGAACAUUGUCAAGAAAGGCUACCUCCUGUUCAACAAAGGCAAAGGCAAAAGAUGGAAGACCCUUUACUUCAUCCUGGAGGGUAAUGAUGCACAGCUCAUCUAUUUUGAAAGCGAGAAGAGAGCUACAAAACCCAAAGGGCUGAUCGACCUAAGUGUGUGCUUCGUGUAUGAUGUGCACGACAGUCUGUUUGGCAGGCCAAACUGUUUCCAGAUUGUUGUCCAGCACUUUAGCGAGGAACAGUACAUAUUCUACUUUGCAGGAGAGGUCCCAGAGCAAGCACAGGACUGGAUGAAAUGCCUUCAAACGUUCUGUAGUAACUUAAGAAAAACCACUGCACCCACCUCCAACAAGAGACUUAGACAGGUGAGCAGGCUGGUUCUCUAUGUGGAAGAGGCCCACAAGCUGCCAGUGAAGUAUUUCACCAACCCCUACUGUAACAUCUACCUGAACAGUGUUCAGAUUGCUAAGACACACCCAAGAGAGGGACAGAAUCCCGUCUUCACCGAAGAGUUUAUCUUUGAUGACUUGUCCAGUGAAAUUAACAGGUUUGAAAUCAGCCUGAACAACAAAACAAAGAAGAGCAAGGAAAGUGACAUCUUGUUUAUGCGUUGCCAGCUGAACCGUCUGCAGAAGGGCCAGAUGAUUGAUGAGUGGUUCCCUCUCAGCUCCCAUGUUCCUCUAAAGGGCAUCGAGCCGGGUUCCUUGCGUGUACGUGCCCGCUACUCCAUGGAGAAGAUCAUGCCUGAGGAGGAGUACAACGAAUUCAAGGAGAUGAUCUUGCAGAAAGACUUUUAUGUCAUCUAUGCUUUGGCCCACGUGUGUGGUCAGGACCGCACCUUGCUGGCCAGCCUUCUACUGCGGAUCUUCAGACAUGAGAAGGCUGAAGCCCCCCUACUUAGAACACUCAAUGAUAGAGAGAUUUCAAUGGAGGAUGAGGCCACAACAUUGUUCAGAGCGACCACAUUGGCCAGUACGCUGAUGGAGCAGUACAUGAAGGCAACAGCAACACCUUUCGUCCACCACGCGCUCAAAGACACCAUCCUCAAGAUCAUGGAGAGCAAACAGUCUUGUGAGUUGAACCCUUCAAAACUGGAAAAGAAUGAGGAUGUGAACCUGAAUCUGAAUCAUCUUCUCCACUUGUUGUCUGAGCUGGUAGAGAAGAUCUUCAUGGCUGCUGAGAUCCUACCACCAACAUUGAGGUUUAUCUACGGCUGCCUGCAGAAGUCUGUCCAGCGGAAGUGGCCCACCAACACCACCAUGCGGACGAGAGUUGUAAGUGGCUUUGUCUUUCUCAGACUUAUCUGCCCAGCCAUUCUCAACCCCAGAAUGUUCAACAUCAUUGCUGACCCUCCGUCGUCAACAGCAGGCAGGACCCUCACACUGGUGGCCAAGUCUGUCCAGAAUCUGGCCAAUCUGGUUGAAUUUGGUGCCAAGGAACCCUAUAUGGAAGGUGUAAACCCUUUCAUCAAAAACAACAAACAUCGAAUGAUCAUGUUUCUGGAUGAGUUGGGGAAUGUCCCUGACCUUCCUGAAAUCACAGAGCACUUUAGGACGGACCUGUCGCGGGACCUGGCUGCGCUGCAUGAGGUCUGUGCCACACACUCAGACGAGCUUCGCACCCUGAGCAAUGAGAGGGGCGCACAGCAGCAUGUGUUGAAAAAGCUGCUGGCCAUCACAGAGCUCCUCCAGCAGAAGCAGACUCAGUAUGCCAUGUCCAACAGCAACAGGACAGAGUGCACCAUCAUGUCACUAGCUGCUGCCAUCCAGGUAAUGUAAGUUUUUCGGAUUUCCACCUGAGUGUGUGGUAGUCAGACUCCACAGCCAGCCAGCCAAACUGAGACCUUAUCCCUUCAGGUGCACGGCCGAAGACUAAAGUGAGUUUGUAGCUAUAAUGUGAGCAUGUGGCUGAGAUUUCGGGUGGCACAAAUGCAAUAUGACUGUCAUUCAUGGGAAACCUCUUGCUGCAUAAAUUGCUGCCCUUUCCAAAAUCCAUCAUAAACCCACAGUGUGCUGAGCUCUUACAAGGAGACCUUGAAAAGAUCAUUUUUAUGAAGAACUGAUGUACGGACUGUACUUCAGAGAUGUCUGAGCUUCAUCGAUCCUGGUAAUUCUGGCACUCCAAAGUCUCAGUGACUGUGGUUGAUGAUUAACAUGGAGCCAGACAAGAGGGGGCUUCCCGUUAAGCCAUUCCUUUCAUUGGACAACAUAACUUGGGGGUUACAUGACCAUAGAGAGGAGGCAAUCCAAAGCACUGAGGUAGCAUUUUCUGCUGUCAUCAGGGAAUAUAAACAUAGCACCUCUUUCCAAGAUGACACAAGCCUUAACUCCCUUUUUAUUCACCAUCCUUUCACUCAUGUCACUUGACUAUAUGAUAAGCUUUUCCUUCAAACCAUUGAGAACUUCAUCUGUCUGUGUAUAAACCUCCCUGCAACAUCUAAACCACUUGUUACAUUUCUUUUAUAUGCUGCAUUUUUGUUUUUAUGCACUUAGGUUUAUAAAGAGAUACUGUUUGCAUAGCUGAACAGAGCUGAGAGAUAGUUUGUAGGAUAAACAUGUAUCCUGUCCUGUGCAUGUGUUAAACCUGAAUGGAUCCUGCUAUAGUGUGUGGGCCUACAUACAGUUUAAGCUGCUCUAACAACCAUCACCUGAACUCUUUUUCUAUGCCUUUUGAUGUUAAUGAAAGCUUUGCAUUGCAGUCUCUCUUGCUUUCCCACCAUCACAGGUGGUGUUUCUUCAGUACACCUCAGCACUGACUGUUUUCCACCCUGAGAAGUCAUGUCACGCACAGAUUUAUCAACUUCAAAGUCAUAAGGGUUGGCCUUGUGUGCCUCCUAAAGAUUCAAGCAGCUGCAGAGCCUGAAUCUGUGCCUGUCAUAGCUCAGAUGUUUACCAAACUGUUUACUGUAGUUGCACUUAAGAUACCACGGACCUCACCAAGUGUUAACAGACAACUGGCGACAGAUGAGUCACAACUAUUGAGCCUAAAUGUCAUCAAGUAUACCAGUAUCAGACAUGCUACAUGGUAUGAUGAAAGUAGCAGUGAGGCAUGCAGUUGUACUUGCUUUCUGUAUUUCAUACAGCUGAUGAUGUGUUCCUUUUUAUUUUUCUACCUGAUACUGAACCUUGAACCUUUUGCAUCUUAGAUACAACCUGGCUGAAAUAAAGCUGUUACUAUGUA